AUGCCGGGUCUCCCCACUGCCACUGACGAGGAAGUCGGCUUCCAGCCGAUCCCGUCAAACCCCUACCUCAAGCAGCCGGGAUCCGUCCCAGGCUCGAUCUCCAGAGGCGGCAAGUACUCGUGGGGUUCCUUCAUGCCCCCCAACACCUACGAGCCCAUCGCAGACGAAGGAAUCAUCCACUUCAACCCCAUCAUCAUCCUCUUCAUGUCCCUCAUUCCAAAGGACGACCUUACCAAGGCCGUUCAGUCGGCACUGGGGAAAAUCCCAGAAUUCAUGGCGAAAAUGGGCAUUGAGGACGCAGACACAUUCUACAAGUUUGCCAAUGACAUGCUCAAGUGGACUCCCACCGAGAACGUCCAGGCCAAGGAUGUGUACGACAUCCUGUGCCUCUUCUACUUCAUCCUCGACCAGGAGCCGCUGCUGGGCAAGCAGACGCUCGUCCACCCGAGCUCGGUUGGGUUGCCGCUGACCCCGCUAUCGAGCUGGAUCGUGGUGUUUGCGCAGCUCAUCGGGCUCUUCAUGGACACGCCGGCGUCCAUCAACGAGAAGACCUUCCAGACGUUUGUCGACUCGCCAAAACCCAUUGCGGAUCAGGACGAUGACAGGGUCAUCACUUACCCUGCGGACUGCACCUACGACAAUUCGCUCUACAACCAGAGCAUCGUCAACGUUCAGGACACGGGUAUCAUUGAGAUUAAGGGCCUCCCCUGGACCAUCGGAGCCCUGCUCCAGGGCAGCGAGUAUGCGGACUGUUUCCACGGGGGCGUCUGGAUGCAUGCCUUCCUCAAUACGUUCAACUACCACCGGCAGCACGCGCCCGUCUCUGGGACAGUCAUCGAGGCCAAGAACAUCCAGGGGGCGGCGUACCUCGAAGUGGACCAACAGUGUCGUCCAAUCCGCAAGCUCUUCGUGACGGCCGAAGACAUUGAGAAGGACCCCAACUGCCGGCCCGAGGCGCCCGACUCUCCGGGCUACCAGUUCCUCCAGACGAGGGGCCUGGUGGUCAUUGACAACCCGGUGCUCGGCAAGGUGGCCGUGCUGCCGAUUGGCAUGGCCAUGGUCUCGUCGGUCAAGCUAUCGGUCCGUGUGGGACAGAAGCUGAAGAAGGGCCAGGAGAUUUCGACAUUCUUGUUUGGCGGGUCGGACAUCAUCUGCGUGUUUGAGCCGCGUGCCAAGUUGACGCCUGAGCACUUUGUGCCGUCGCCCAAGGACGACUACUCGAGAUACGGGAGCGUGUUGGCGAAGGCGCCUGGGCAGGGCUCGAAUGGGACUUCGAAUGGGUACCACUGAUUGGGUUGGUUGGUGCAGGCUCAUGUCUGUACUCGUACGCAGUAGCUCCCGAAUGGUGAUAUCUGAAUUGAAUCUUGUUGAGAGAGUGAAUGACUCUGCCUUUCCCUUCUGUACUCGCCGUGUUUCCGAAGUGGGCUGUGAAAGAGGACGGGGUUCUCAAAGUGUCCAUGACUCCGAGAGUGACACAAACGUUGUUCGUGCCCAACAGUGGAUUUCUUCUUUUCGUGGCCUGGCAAACCGGCCCAGAGGCCUCCACAGCUCGAGGUGGCGGCCACGGCGAGCCUCAUGAUUUCAGAGUCGCGGUCUGUUCUUGAAACAAACUCAGCUCGGCGGAGACCAGACGGGAGGACGAAGACCUCGGAAAGUAUAGAUGCAAGGCGAAGAAGCGGACCGGCCCGUAUAAGAUGGAGAAAACUGCAUUUCAAGGCAGAUGGAUCAAAAGGCGGUGACUAUGUUUUCCAAGAU